GCAGUUCACUGUCAACAACAUCCUAUCCUGGAGGGAAGUUCUCCACAGCAGAGUGGGAAUCUGGUGUGAGACAGGGCCGUCAUUUAAACUUCCUGCAAAGGCACAAACGCCAGACGUGAAAAAUGAAGAUGGGACAUUUUGAAAUGGUCACCACGCUGCUGGCAGCCGCAGUUCUAAUGGACAUCUUCCAGGUGAAGGCGGAAGUGUUAGACAUGGCAGAGAACGCGUUUGACGACGAAUACCUGAAGUGCAAAAGCAGAAUGGAAUCGAAGUAUAUUCCGCAGAUGGAGAAGGAGGAGUUGGCAAACGAUGCGCUCCUGCGGACGGUGUGGGACAAUGCGGAGAUCCAGUGGGAAGCGCGGAAGGCUCAGCUCUUCCUCCCUAGGAAAUUCAAGGACACCUAUGGCAUAGCUCUGACGGCCUACGUGACUGAGGCUCAAGAGCAGACUCCCUUCUACCACACAUUCAGCAGCGCUGUGAAGAUGGCCGGCCUGACCCGAAGACGGUACAUCUAUAACUUCCCGUUCAAGGCUUUUCAUUUUUACCUGGUAAGAGCCCUGCAGCUGCUGAGACGACCUUGCGAGAAAAGUUACAAAACCGUGGUGUACAGCACAAGCCCAGACAUUUCAUUCACAUUCGGAGAGCAAAGCCAAGUCAGGCUGGGCAACUUCACGUUGGCGUAUUCAGCCAAACCGGAGACAGCCGACAACCAACGGGUGCUAACCAUCCAGACCUGCUUUGGAGUCGCCGUGGGAAACUUUCUUAAUAAAGACGACGACAGCGUUGUUUUAAUACCUCUGAGUGAGGUUUUUCAAGUGUCGAGGAAAGGAACUAGCAACGACCUUGUCCUUCAGAGCAUAAACAGUACCUGCAGCUACUACGAGUGCGCAUUCCUCGGGGGUCUAAAAACAGAAAAUUGUAUCGCGAAUGCAGAAUAUAUUGACCCUAGGUAUCUCUACAACCCGGAUAUGGACAGUCAGAAGCUUGAAGACUCUGUGCCUGGAAUCAAACCCUGGGCCCCCUGCAAGCUAGGUAGGAACAACCUUGACCCUGACAGAAUGCCAGAAAUUAAAGUGCUACAAACAGACGAAAAUCCUCUCCUGCCGGAUGAAAAGCCUGACAGAAGUCGAGGAAAGGCCAACAGUCCUACUCCAGGUCUGGUUCCAGGUCCGAAAUCCCAUCCCUCUGCAUCCUCCGGCAAUAUGCUCCUUCCAUCAGUCAUGGCAUCCACCAUUUUACUCGUCGCUUCUGCUGUAAACUUCAUCGAGCUAUAGCUUGAAACGCUAUCUUAAUCUUUAUCUGAAAGAUGCUAUGGGGAUCCCACAGGAGGUCAAGAGAAAAAAAUGUAGUUUUCCUUGGACAGACUUCACUGUAUAAAAGAACUGUAUAUUUGUUCCUUAUUUUACAAUUUAAAAAGCUGGUCCAGAUAGUAUCAUAGAAUUAACUUUUCAUUUCUGUAUUAAUUUUAAGACUGCAAAAAUCCCAAAGCUAUAUACUUUUGAUCGGAUUCAAUAAAAACUUUAAGUUUACUAAAUGUUUUCCUGUAGUUUCCAAAUAUUAAAAGUCUAUACUAAUGUUAGUGAUUAACAUGAAUUUACUGCCAGCAUCAACAGGUGAAGAAUCAGACUUCAAAUAAAUGGGUAAACAGGGCAAGUAGCAGUGAGCUCCUAAGAUGGUCCCACUUGCUUCAGGAAAGCUGUUAUUUGCUUCCGUGCGUUUCUGUCUUCCCUCCUCAUCAAAUGAACUGGGCAGGCCCAGCCACCCCUCCAUUAUACCAGCCAUCUCUAAUGUGAUACCCGCGUGGGAAGAUGAGCUCCCUCAUGAGCCACCGGCCCUGAGUCAGUGCUCAGCUGUCUACAGAAGGUGUGCAGAGUAUCAGAAACGCCUUUCUGCACUUGCACUUGGCUCCAAAGAAGAGAACAGGCCUAUCUUCUGAGCCAAACUCAUGCAAAGAAAAAAGCCACUGGGAUACAGCAAGCAGGGAAGGAAGAUUGAAAACAAGAACAAAAGCAAAGCCCAGGGGAGAGCCAUGUUAUUCCUAGCAGUUGUUUCCUCUCUAUUCUUUACAAAGUAACCUCUUCUGCUUCCCGAUUCUACACACACAGCACUCCCCUCUCCAUCCCCACGUUAAUACAGCAGGAUACAGUGUUCUCAUUAACACCCCUCAGUGUAAGCCAAAGUAACACAGAGCACAAACAUAACCACAGCGUUUGGAGAGGAGCCGACAAGCCAAAGCCCAGGUACAUUUUGCAGUCAGAAGUUGUAUUUAAAAGCGGCACUGUGGGAGAAUCUCAUGAUGCUGUUGGACUCGGCCAGUGUUUUCAGAUGCUAAGAAAUGGGGGAAGUCUUCACCCUAGACGACUUCCAUUCCUUAACCCCUAGUCAAAAUAUGUCAGCA